AAUUAUUAAUCGAAACAAAAGGAGUUUACAUUAAGAAAAACGAUAAAGAAUCUACAAGAAUUUAAGUAAAGUAUUGUGUGCUCUUUAAAUCCGUCGGUGUUAGAAUAUGACCUGAAACACUGCUUGUACAUGUAAGAAUGAAAAUUAAGCGCGGCUCUAGAAAUUAAUUUUGAUACCAGUUCUGUUUUUCAAAAGCUCUUGAGUGCCACUAGAUUCACUAGAUUGUUUCGUUUCCUGUAUUUGGUUAUCACGAUUUAAUUUUCAAAUGAACUGACAGCUUUUCAAUCAGGUACCAGAACUCCCAUUUAUAUGCAUCCCCUCAAGUCUGCCAUGUGCAGUCUCGUUAACAGUGAAAUAUAUGAUAUCAAUAUCAAGAAGAUAGUCCUCAAUUUUCUUCUAUGUACGGAGUCAAUUUGUACCGCACUGGCUUCCAUGUUGUGAAACAAUGACACUACAUUUAACCACUGCAGUAGUGUCCUCUGUGUUAAUUUGCACCGUACUGGCUUCCAUAGUAAAAGAUGACAUCGAUCAAGAUAUUGAAGAAUCGGAUCCCAUGAUGUUUGAGCUGUAUGACCAACAAAUGCGAGAAACAUUUGGAGAGUUGAACCUUGGAAAGGAAUACUUUGAAGGUGAUAUGGUACUGACAGAGGAGCAAAGAAAAAAUAUUCAAAACAUUUGGCAAGACGGUAACUCACAGGGCAAGGAUUUGGCGCCCACUGGCUUUCGACAACUAUGGCCCAACAACACAAUUCCAUACUCCAUAACCACAAGGAUGCGGGAAGCGACUCUGUUGAAUAUUCGCGCAGCUAUUAAGGAAUGGCAAGACAGGUUGUGCCUCGUUUUCAAAGAGAGGCAGAACGAGGACGAUUAUAUCGAGUUUGCAUAUGAGGGAGGGUGCUCCUCAAGUAUGGGUCGUAUUGGAGGUCGUCAAGUCAUUUCUGUGGGCUCUGUUGGAACUGAGUAUGCAGACAUGUCGUGCAGGUCGCCCACACCAUAUGGAAGCAACGUGACGAUCACCUGUAGCAAAGGAAGUAUAUUACACGAAAUUGGGCAUGCGCUUGGCUUCUACCACGAGCACAACCGACCUGAUCGAGAUCAGUACCUCACAGUGGUUUGGGAAAACGUUAUGCCUGGAUGUAGAGUUCACUUCAGGAAGGAAAGAUUCAUGACGAUCGAUUCCUUGGGUGUCAAAUACGAUUAUAAUUCAGUGAUGCACUAUGGUCCUUUCUUCUUUGCUCGAGAGAGGGGCGAGCAAACGCUGCGCACAAAAAUUAAAGGAGUACGUAUAGGACAACGAGAAAAGCUUAGCCUCUUAGACGUCCAGAAAGGGUUAUUGCUUUAUGAAUGCGACAAAGGCAACGAUUCGAAAAUGGAGGAAACAAAGUGACCAUAAGCUGGCACUGGACACAUUUCUCAAUGUUUUAAUAAAUGGCUGCACAAGAGAAGCGACGGAAACAGUGGACUGUCAUCAAAUCACGAAAGGGUGAAUCAGGAACGAUGUGGAAAA